UGGGACGGCUCUGGAACGCACAGGGCGGAAGUGAGACGGCCCUGGAACGCAGAGAGCGGAAGGUACUGUGGAACGCACAGGGAGGCGGUGUUUUAUGUCCGGGAUACCGGGAGAGAGUUGUAGUGGGCUGUCACAGUCACAGUGCCAGGCGUGGGGGGGUUACAUAAUAGUGUCGAAGACACCUAGCAAGUGUGAGACACCCAGCAGCCACCCCUAUGUGUCAGGAGGACUGAGCAGGACCCAGAGCACCAUCACGGUGCCUCCACCUCACUCACUGAUACACGAGAGGCACAAUGACCAGAAGAUCCUGGAACUCACCAACAGAAUCAUUCAGCUGCUGACUGGAGAGGUGUGAGGAUGUCACUGUCUAUUUCUCCAUGGAGGAGUGGGAGUAUAUAGAGGAACACAGGGGUCUGUACAAGGACGUGAUGAUGGAGAAUCACCGGCCCCUCACAUCACUGGAUGGGGCCAGUAACAGGAAUACCCCAGAGAGAUGUCCCCGUCCUCUUUAUUCCCAGGAUCAUACAGAGGAGACUCACAGUGUCCCACAGGAGGAUCAGGGUGAAGAUUUUAUUGUUAUUAAGGUAGAUAAUAUAGAGGAAGAAGAGAAGUAUGUGAGGGAUAAUCAGCUGUGUAAGGAGGAGGAAGAGGAUACUUAUGUGAUGGGUGAUCAGCAGUGUAAGGAGGAGGAAAUCCCUACAGGUAUCAGCACAGAUGGAUCCAGCAACAGAGAUACCCCAGAGAGAUGUCCCCGUCCUCAGAACUGGAUAGAAGAAAAUCAAACAGUGACACAGGUUUAUCAGGAUGAAGGUCUGACUGUUAUAAAGGUUGAAGUUCUAGAGAAAGAAGAGGAGACGUGUGUGAGGGCUGACAAGGUGUGUAAGGAGGAGGAAAUCCAUACAGAUAUCAGUACAGCAGAUGAACUCGGAAGCAGGAAUACCUCCGAGAGGCAUCUCAUUUUGUCUACAGAUUGUAAAAUAGAAGACAGCGACAUCAGACAAGAAUCACCAGUAGAAAACUCCAUUAUGCUAAAUUUACAUCCAGAAUCUCACAGUGCAGAUACGUCAUCUGAUGCCUCGAACCAUGAGGCAUAUUCUCCCGAUGCCUCCGACAAUGUCACACAUGGUACCGGUCAUGCAAGCAAUACAAUUUUUUCCUGUCCUGAGUGUGGGAAAUGUUUUAUACAUCAGUCGCUCUUUGCUAGACAUCAGAGAACUCACACGGGUAAGAAACCAUUUAGUUGUGACGAGUGCGGGAAAUGUUUUACAAACAAAUCGCAUCUUGAUAAACAUCAGAGAAUCCACACAGGUGAGAAGCCCUUUAAAUGCUCGGAGUGUGGGAAAUGUUUUACGUAUAAAACGCACCUUGUCGUGCAUCAGAGAACUCAUACGGAUGAGAAACCGUUUCCCUGCUCCGAGUGCGAGAAAUGUUUUACACAGAAAUCUGGUCUGGUGAAACAUCUGAAAACACACACCGGGGAGAAAUUAUUUCCGUGCUCCGAGUGCGGGAAAUGUUUCACAUACAAGCUGCGCCUUGUUAAGCAUCAGAGGACUCACACCGGGGAGAAGAUAUUUCUGUGUUCUGAGUGCGGGAAAGAUUUUAUCCACAAGUCAGCUCUUGUUGUCCACCAGAGAUAUCACACGGGCGAGAAGCCGUUUCCGUGCUCUGAGUGUGGGAAAUGUUUUACGCAGAAAUCGGGUCUGGUUAAACAUCAGCUAAGUCACACGGGGGAGAAACCGUUUCCAUGCUCUGACUGUGGGAAAUGCUUUUCACAAAAGUCACAUCUGGAUAAGCACCAAAAACUCCACACAGGAGAUAAGCAAAUUCAGGUUAAAGAUAUGACUGAUAUUAAGGUAGAAUGUACUGAGGGAAAAGAAGAGACGUAUGUGACUGAUAUAAAGGAUGAAGAUAUAAAUGAAGAAGAGACAUAUGUGACUAAUGUGAAGGCAGAAGAUAUAGAGGGAGAAGAAGAGGCGUAUGCAGAAGAUAUAGAGGGAGAAGAAGAGACGUAUGUGAUGGGUGAACAGCAGUGUAAGGAAGAGGAGAUCCUUACAGAUAACAGCGCAGCAGACGGACACAGCAGCAGAAAUACCUUUGUGGGACUUCUUAUAUUACCUCCUUAUUUUUACAUCAAAGAUAACAUCAUCACUCAAGGUUCUCCAAACACUCUUCCCAAAGAUAUACAUCCAGAACCUCACAGUUCCACUAUAUCAUCUGUUGCCGAUAAUAAUAAUAAUAAUAAUAAUGACAUUUCUCAUGUUACCUCAGAUAUUGCUACUCAUAGUACAGCUCAUACGGGUGACAAAAUAUAUCCAUGUUCUGAGUGUGAGAAAUGUUUUACACGGAAAUCACGUCUUGUUACACAUCAGAGAACACACACAGGUGAGAGGCCUUUUCCAUGCUCUGAGUGUGGAAAAUGUUAUACGAGGAAUAUAUAUCUUGUUAGACAUAUGAUAAUUCACACAGGUGAAAAAGCAUUUCCAUGUUCUGAAUGUGGUAAAUGUUUUACAAAGAAAUCAGAUCUUGUUAAACACGAGAGAAGUCACACAGCUGAGAAGCCGUUUUCAUGUUCUGAGUGUGGGAAAUGUUUUAUCAAGAAAGUGGAUCUGUUUAUACAUGAGAGACGUCACACAGGUCAGAAGAUAUUUUCAUGUUCUGAGUGUGAGAAAUGUUUUUUAUAUAAAUCCUGUCUUGUUAUACAUCAGAGAAGCCACACAGGUGAGAAACCAUUUACAUGUUCUGAGUGUGGGAAAUGUUUUAUAGGGAAAUCAAAUCUUAUUUCACAUCAGAGAACUCACACAGGUGAGAGACUAUUUCCAUGUUCUGAGUGUGGGAAAAGUUUUAUAGAGAAAUCAAAUCUUACUUCACAUCAGAGAACUCACACAGGUGAGAGGCCAUAUCCAUGUUCUGAGUGUAGGAAAUGUUUUACACGGAAAUCACAUCUCGUUAGACAUCAGAGAACUCACACAGAUGAGAGGCUAUUUCCAUGUUCUUUGAAUGGGAAACGUUUUAUAGAGAAAUCACAUUUUGUUGCACAUCAGAAAAUUCACAAAGUUGAGAAGCUAUAUUCAUGUUCUGAGUGUGGGCAAUGUUUUACACGGAAACCAAAUCUUGUUAGACAUCAGAGAACUCACACAGGUGAGAAGCCAUAUUCGUGUUCUGAGUGUGGGAAAUGUUUUACACGGAAACCACAACUUCUUAAGCAUCUGAGAACUCACACAGGUGAGUAG